AUGCCAGCUUGCGUUGGAGCCAGCAAAGUAUGGCAAUCCAGCGAGGAAGGAUGGACCGAAGUGACCACGGUGUCCUUCCAGGACGGAUACAUCGAGGUGCAACUGCAGCACUUUUGCCUCGUUGCAACAACUGGUGUUCCAGGGCCGAUCAAAGCCAUUGGCUUCUUGAAACCAGGCCCUGCACCCCGAGCCAAGCUGACUUUCUGUCACAUCGGCUGUACGUACUGCUAUACGGUUCUCAACGAGCAUUACUCGAGUGAUCCGGACUACUUGCUUGGCUAUGUGCAAUGUCCGGGUUUGGCACAUGUCGGCAAUCGGCAGGCAGUCGAGGUCUCCCAACAGCAAGUUGUCCUCGAAAGGGUCAACUUGGACUCGCACGCCCUUCCAAUCCCAUCGACUGUGCUGCAAGCAGAACCCACCAGCUUCAUAGUAGACAUCGAAAACCAGCAGUACACAUUCAAUCAUCCCAACCAGGCCCACCCCAGCCAUGUCUCAUCUAACGAAACUGCACCAGAGCCGCCUCGCAGAGCACCGGCAGUUGCUUCAGGCUCCAGUUUCUUCCCAAUCCUCUCACAUGAACUGUUAGCGCAACCAAGCAGCUCCUCCGCAAACAUUCCGACUCCGCCACAAGCCCCACCGCUUACAUCAUCAGCACAGCCACACACUGGCACCCUGUCAACAACACUGCCACCCGCUGCCGACACAGCACCAGCACUUCUUGACAUCCCAAUCCCAUCUUUGUCCGGUGCAAGCAGUGCUACCUGCCCAGUGGCCGCUUCUGCACCAUCAUCACUUGCUGUGACUCCCAGCACAGCAGCUCCCCCAGCUGGCCCUUAUCCACCCGCUCCGGACAGCUCAGCCGCACCAGUGCCACCGGAUGUGCCUCCAGCUACUCGCCUCAUGAUCGAAGACCGCUCCAGAUCCCCAAACGAUUCUCAAACCCAGGUUGUGAGCAGCUCAAGACCCCGUGUUGGGCGGCUCUUCUUUGGCCAAAGGAACCGCGCGGCCCCGGCUGUUGUUCCCAUCGGAAGCCCAGUGCCUUUGCCUUCAAGCGCACAGGUGCCGCGACUGAGGAGAUCAGCCGAUGGCGCGCGGAUAGGCAUGUUUUCCGCUAGAUUUGAUGGCGGCGAAACUGAAAAGCAGUUUCGCGCCAUCCACCAGAUCUUGGUUGGGAAUGGCUACGAGGUUCUGAUGGUGUCGGUGAAAGAGGGUCAGAGCUUUGGCAUUGAGACCACCAGAUACCUGGGCCGCUUAAAGCGGGAACGGGGCGUCAUGCUUUGCGUGUGUACCGAGCACUACGCCGAGAUGACGGCGUCGCAAUACUCCAGCUUUGAGGAGCUGAAGUUUGCCAAGACCUAUGCUGAGUUUAUCAAGAUCGUUCCGCUGAAGGUGGCAGCGAUCUAUCCUCCACGUCCUCCUUGUAGAGGGCCGCAAUCGCCCGAUCAUCGCGAUGAGCACAUGGAUGCUCAGAGCUUUGUGGAUUGGGUUUUUAGCCCAGAUCGACUUCGCCUCGAAUGCAUGGGCAAGUCUGAAGUUGAGAUUGCAGAGGCAAUCGCGGUCUGUUUGCAUGAACGCUGA